AUGAUUUCAACUCCUUCGGAUGAGGGCAACGGCGUUCUCUAUCGUGUUGAAGAAGGUAGGGGCAACACCGUCAUGAUGAGCAACGAAGAGGACCAAUUCAAUCCCUUUGCUUCUUCCAACACCAUGACGAAGGCUUCCGCGUCCUCUUCGUUCAUCUCUCUCAAUACUCCAAGAACACCUCCUCCUCGUACAGAAGACCGCAUGCCCGCCAUCAUGAUGAAUUCAUCAUCAUCAUCGUCCUCGCUCGUUCUUAUCAAACGCAGUUGGCACGAUUACUGCAAUCCUGCGGCAUGGCUCUCUUUCAUGGUGGUUUUCAUUGUUUUUGUGGCCAUCUCGGGCGCAUGUUUGAUGUAUCCCUUUUUCUAUGUGCGAGAUUUCUCUCAGAAUACCAUUGUCGAGAAUAGGAGUAUUACUUUGAAACCCUACUAUCCAAGCUUUUGGUAUUUUAUCAAGAACUAUUCGCCUCCGUUCGUUCAAGCCACGAGAAAAUUCAAAUUCCAGCCAACGCUAGCUUCAUGUUGUACUCGUUUACGGCGAAUGAGGUUUGAUUGGCCAGCCUCGAAUGCGACUACUAUGGAUUUAUAUUUUGUUUGGAGGACUGCCAAUGUCAAGACACAAAAUGUUGUUGUGAAUUAUUGGUAUCGAUUGGAAUAUGAGGACCACAGAGAAGUGAGAAGUUUCACCUUUGCUUUGCUCUGUGUUGGGGUUUUCAUUAUUUCAGCGAGCACGGUUGUGCUGUACCGAUCGACACUUACAACCAUCUUUUCUCUGGUGUUUAGAUCAGUGAAAGACUUGUUGCUGCUUCCGUUAACAGAAAACAGGCAGCGAUACACAAGGACGAGCAAUGAUGGAACUGAGAUUGAGGUGAAUCCAAACAAGGGAGCUGACAUUGUUUUUGAGAAUUUAUCGUAUGUUUCGUUCAAUCAGAAAACUAUUCUUCAUCCAAUAAGUGGCAUAUUGAAAGCUGGACGAUUCACUGCUCUUAUGGGUCAAUCAGGAUCUGGAAAAAGCACAUUCGUAAACACCCUUGCCAAUAGAGCCUUCCACGGAAUACAAAGUGGUCGUGUGCUCAUCAAUGGAGUCGAAGUGACCGGCACUACCAACAAUUUGGUUGGCUUUGUCACUCAGGAUGAUGUCAUGGCACCACACAUGACAGUUCGUGAAACUUUGGAAUUUUCAUUAAGAUUUAGAAAGGGAAUGCAACGGAAUGCUCGUGAAAAGAUUGACAGUGUUUUGAAGCGAUUGAAUCUAACACGAGUUCAACAUUCCAACACAGCUGUCAUUAGUGGUGGAGAGAAACGAAGAACCUCUAUUGGUAUUGAACUCGUUGCUGACAUGCCCAUUUACAUAUUGGACGAACCAACUUCAGGUCUCGAUAGUGAAUCUGCCCUCACCCUUUGCGAAAUAUUGCGUACUCUCGCCGAAGAAAACAACUCGAACAUUUUGUGUGUCAUUCACCAACCUUCAUGUGAAAUUUUGGAACAGUUUCAUGAUAUCAUGCUGUUCAGUGAUGGUCAAUUGCUGUUCCAUAGCCCUGUUUCGCACGUACUCGAAGCGUUGAGAGAACACAUUCCUGCCAAGCAAAUGAGAUGUAAUCCAUCGGAUGAAAUUCUUCGAACUCUGAUCACACCUCAGGGAAAACCUAUUGUAGAGGCAAUUGUGAAAAAACAAGAUCCUGCCUCCAUGGAGCUCAACAGAAAUCUUACCUUAAAUUGGAAAGAUAUGAAAACUGCACCAUUUUUCAUUCACUUUAUCGUUUGUUUGGUAAGAGCUCUCAAGCAAUUCUGUAGAGAUUGGAAGAAUUUAGUGUUUGAAGUGUUGGUGUCCUUUGUAGUUGGUCUCUUAAUUGGUAUUUUAUUCCAUGGGCUCGAGUUCAUUGGUCCUCGACCCAAACAUGAUUACAAGAACUGCCCACCUUCAUUGAGGGCCAUUUGCAUGUCACCUCAGAGCGAUACUGUCGUUGCGUAUGCCUCUUUCUUGGUGUUAGCUGUAUCGUUGAUUGCAAUUAUGAGAGGUCUUCGAGUAUUUGGUUUUGAAAUUGAAAAUUUCAAGAGAGAAUCGUUCGCAGGUCUCAACUCGUGGAUGUUUUCCACUUGGAUACACUUUGUCUUCUUUUUUGAACCAGCCAUUGCACAACUUGCAGCUGCAUUAGUGGUCGUUGUGUUUUACAGCUUAGCUGGAAAUAACCCGACAUUACCAGAAAUUGAGAAGCUUGCCUUUCCUCUAUCCUAUUCUCAUAUUUUCACAUACUUUAGAUAUAUUAAGGGUUUAGUGUACAUGCACGAAUUGGAUACAAGACGAAAGGAGCAAAGUAUUUCUGAGGCCCUAAAGAUGAAUGGCUAUGAAUACGAAUCCUUGUUCUUCUACUAUUAUGCAUUGCUCUUUUGGCUUGUCGCUUUCAGAUACAUUGCAAUUUAUUAUGUUGUGGUCCGAGUGAUGGUACCCAGUGAUGAUGAUCGUGAGAUUAAUCAUAAAACCCAAGAACAAUCCUCUCGGAAAUUGUCAAGUAGAAUUUCCCAGUUAUAUCCUUUGAGGGUUGAUCUGAAAAGUAGUUACGGGUUCCUUAUAGCCUCAAAGCAUAUUGAUACUGAGGAUGAAGAUAAUUACAUUACAUUCUCUACUUCAAUGAGUACUACUGGUGAUCACUAUUGCUUGUGCCUGAGUUGGGAACAAUCAUCUUCUGCAUCCAAAGGUCAAGAGGAUUCCAUUCUAAUGGCUGAUUUAAGAAUUAUUGAAGGCAAGUUGAAGCCUAAACCUGAGAAGGUUGAUGUUUUGGGCAAAAUUGAAGACUUGUUGGCAACAAUCAAGACCAAGCUCGAUCAUAUUAAGGAAGAACAGAGCUACUUUUUGAGAAGAGAAGAACGAUUUAGAUAUACAUCGGAGAGUACUUUGGAAAGGUCGUUCUAUCUGUGUGUCGGAAAGGGAAUUGCUUUGCUAAUAUGUUUUGUAUGGCAAAUGCGAAGUCUACAUAAUUAUUGGAAAUUGAAGAAAGUCAUUUAG